AGCAAGGAGGCGCUUGUUGUUGGUUGAGUUGAGUAGCCAGGGAAACUCGCACCCACGCUUGACUGCCUUAGCCAGCUCAAGCCAGGUUAUAUGUCUGUGUGUUGACCGUGAUUAGCGUUUAUUCGUGUGUGUCUGCUCUCCAGCCUUCAGCCUGCCUGUCUUGACGAAUUAGAGCGCCAUCUAACAUGAUCUGACAACCUUAUUCUUCGCCGCUUCAUCCGAGAUAUUCCCAUCGCGCCCAUCGCGCCACUGUUUCUUGGCCGCCUUCCGCGCAGUUCUCGCCUCACGGUAUCUUCCUUAGAACAAUUGUCCCUAGAAUACUUUUAAUUCCUUCUCCAAGCUAAGCUCCUCAGUCCUGUGUAAUUUCGCCAUGGACUCACCUGACCUAGAGCUCCCGAGCCCGCUGGGAAAUUUUCCCAAUCUUGAGCAUUUGCCCAACGUACAGAACGCUCCACCGCAAAUUUCCGAAUUCCCGAGUCGGUUCUCGAGGUCGCUUCCAGAAGCGUCGGCACCUGCAUUCCUUCUCGACGCACUCCACGAGGCGAAGCCUGUUUUUUCUCCGCGAAACACGGAAGCAAGCGCUGCGAGCAACGAUGGGACGCAACCUACGCGCAUUCACGCGAUUCGCAACAAGUCGCUUGUGAUUUCCGAGAAUUGUAAAAAAUCGACUAAGAGGCGGCUGACGAGGACAACAAGCUGCACGAUUUUCACCGCGCUUGCGCUCACUGAAGAAAAUUCCCUACAAACGGGGAUGGAUCUCGCCACAUCCACUCCAAACAACGCGCUCCUCCAAUCUCUUCCCUUGGCGGCAGAUCCCCUGCGCUCGGCGCUUCUCCGCUGCCCCUGCACUCCGCGGAAACCCCAGCGCCCCUCGAGAUUCCGCCUCAACGCCGCACCCAGUCGACUCAUGCGUCGGCUCGUCUUUUAGCGUAUCUGUUUCUCUUCCUGGUGUUACUAUGUUACGAGUGCUGGCAUUCUACUAACGGGGGCGGUUCUCGCUCUGCUGCAUUCUGCACUGUGCGCGACGGCGUACAGCACUUCUCUCCGCGCGCCGCUUCUCCGCGCGCCGCUUUCGCGCGUGGCGCUUCUCCGCACAGCACCUCUCUGCUGCCCCUGCACUCUGUCGAAACCCGCCGAAACCCCAGCGCCCCUUGCAAACUCGGCUGAUGCAUCGGCUCUCUUUGUUAGGACAGGGUGCCUGGUGUCAGAACACCCCUCCUCGGAACAUCCGCCACACCGGACGACGCGAUUAUCUAACUGGACCACGCCAGAACCGUUUUGAAAAUCACUGUACCACUCUGGCUGUCCGGACGCACACCACGCCCCUUACAUGCUUGGGUUGAGGGCAGAAAUCAUGUGGACACACACACUGUACACUGAAUAAACUCGAGUGCGCUCUAAGUUUGGGCUUCAACUCUUGGGUUGGGGUAUUUGACCUACGUGUAGUCAGGCUUGAAAGUCCGACAAUGUUAUGUCAAAC